AGCACGAGGAUGCAGCUGCGACCGCGGCCCCGAGGGGGAGCCGCCGCUGCUCUGUGGCCGCGGGGGCUGAGGGACAGGAAUCAGGCCUGGGGUCGGGUCGCUGAGGGGGCCGGGGGUGUUGGUCCCGCCCGAGCUCUGGCCUAGUAUCCUAGGAAGAUACUGGCCGCUGGGCGAGGGCCUCUCCCCCAGUGCCUUCUCUGGCCCCCUCCACGUCGAUGGUGGUGAAGUUGGCGGCGCCAGUGAGUGCAAGCCACCAGACUGCCUCCUUUGCACCCAGGUCCUCCUGGGGCGCAUCUCUGGCACCGGCUCACGGACACCUGCGCGGCCGUCUCCUCUCGCCCGCUGAGCCCAAGCCCUGGCUGCGGGCGGGGGAGGGGCUCCCCUUGCAGGGGCUUUGUCCAGCAGGGCGACGACGGGGACCGUAGGAGAGUAGGGGAACUGGUAAUAUCUGAACAUACAAAGCCAAACAGGUAAACUCUUGCACCACCGCUACCACCACAUUUUACCACAAAGGAAUAUAACUGUAUGCGGAUUCCAUGCAGUCUAAGAAGAAAAAGAGCUGAUCAGACCUCAGACUGCCCACUGAACGGGGAUGACGGCCACAGCUGCAAUGGAGACACCAAAAAUGGAGAAGAGUUCCUCCAAGGAAGAGAAACAACAAUCUAAGCAGGACAGGAUGGAGCAGAGCAAUGCUGAUUCUGAAGAGUGGAUGAGCUUUGAGAGUGUCCCUGAGCAGAUGAGCCUUAAGAAUAGCAACAAUGACAACAGCUACCGACCCGGGAAUGCUCAGUUGAAAAAAAAGGAGAUUCCUUCCAAGCCACACCGUCAACUCUAUAGGUCACCCUGCUUAGAUCAUCCAAGCUUCUCCCAGAGCAGCAUUCUACAGGAUGGGAAGCUUGACUUGGAAAAAGAAUACCAAGCCAAGAUGGAUUUUGCUCUAAAACUGGGCUAUGCAGAGGCACAGAUUCAAUCCGUAUUGAACAAGCUGGGCCCAGAAUCACUUAUUAAUGAUGUAUUGGCAGAGCUCGUCAGGCUUGGAAACAAAGGUGAUUCAGAAGGGCAGGUCAGUCUGAAUUUGUUAGUGCCUCGGGGUCCCAGCUCUAGAGAGAUUGAGAGCCCUGAACUGUCUCUUGAAGACGAAGUAGACAACAGUGAAAAUUUGAGGCCAGUUGUCAUAGAUGGAAGUAAUGUGGCAAUGAGCCAUGGGAAUAAAGAAGAAUUCUCCUGCAGAGGAAUACAACUUGCUGUGGACUGGUUUCUAGAUAAAGGUCAUAAAGAUAUUACUGUAUUUGUGCCUGCAUGGAGAAAGGAACAAUCCCGUCCUGAUGCACCAAUUACAGAUCAAGAUAUUCUACGUAAACUGGAGAAAGAAAAGAUUCUUGUCUUCACACCAUCCCGAAGGGUCCAGGGCAGGAGAGUUGUCUGUUAUGAUGACCGGUUCAUAGUCAAAUUGGCUUUUGAUUCCGACGGCAUCAUUGUAUCUAAUGAUAACUACCGAGACCUUCAAGUUGAAAAGCCAGAAUGGAAGAAGUUUAUAGAGGAGCGGUUGCUGAUGUAUUCUUUUGUGAAUGACAAAUUUAUGCCUCCAGAUGAUCCUUUAGGACGCCAUGGCCCAAAUCUUGAAAAUUUCUUGAGAAAGAGACCUGUUAUUCCAGAGUACAAGAAACAACCAUGCCCUUAUGGAAAAAAAUGUACUUAUGGCCACAAGUGCAAAUACUACCAUCCGGAGCGGGCCAAUCAACCACAGCGUUCGGUGGCUGAUGAGCUCCGCAUCAGUGCCAAACUGUCCACAGUGAAAACCGUGAGUGAAGGCACCCUGGCCAAGUGUAGCACAGGCCUGUCGAGUGCCAAAGGUGAGAUAAUCUCUGAAGUCAAACGUGUGGCCCCCAAGCGUCAGUCGGAUCCCAGCAUCCGCUCCAUGGCUGUGGAGCCUGAGGAAUGGCUGUCCAUUGCCCGUAAGCCUGAGGCCAGCUCUGUCCCCUCCCUUGUGACUUCCCUAAGUGUCCCCACAAUCCCACCCCCCAAAAGCCAUGCAGUGGGUGCACUCAACACUCGUUCAGCCAGCAGCCCAGUGCCAGGAUCCUCUCAUUUCCCCCACCAGAAGGCCUCGCUGGAACACAUGGCUAGCAUGCAGUACCCUCCAAUCCUGGUUACCAACAGCCACGGGACCCCUAUUAGCUAUGCUGACCAAUAUGCAAAGUUUGAGUCCCUGGGGGAGCACAGCUACUAUUCAAUGUUAGGCGACUUCUCCAAACUGAACAUCAACAACAUGCAUAAUCGAGAGUACUACAUGGCAGAAAUAGACCGAGGGGUGUAUGCUCGGAGUCCCAACUUCUGUCCUGACAACCGUAUGAGCCAUACCAGGAACGAAAACUACUCCUCUUACAACAACUUGUACUUGGCUGUAUCUGAUGGCCAUCCUGAAGGCAAUUUGAAGCUGCAUCGCUCGGUAUCUCAGAACCGUCUUCAGCCUUUUCCUCAUGGUUACCAUGAUGCCUUAACGCGAGUACAGAGCUAUGGCCCAGAGGAUUCUAAGCACGUCCCCCACAAGCAGUCAGUUCCCCAGUUAGUUCUACAAGCCCAGCACCCAGCAACUGGAGCAUGUUCAAGCUGUCCUGGAGACUACCCCAUGCCUCCCAAUCUCCACCCUGGGGCAACCCCCCAGCCAGGACGUGCCCUGGUAAUGACUCGAAUGGAUAGCAUUUCUGACUCCCGCCUCUAUGAAAGCAACCCAAUGAGACAAAGACGACCUCCCCUGUGCCGGGAACAACAUGCCAGCUGGGACCCAUUGCCCUGUACAACGGACUCCUAUGGCUACCACUCCUAUCCCUUGAAUAACAGCCUCACGCAACCAUGCUAUGAGCCAGUCAUGGUACGGAGCAUGCCUGAAAAGAUGGAACAGCUUUGGAGGAAUCCUUGGGUUGGAAUGUGUAAUGAUACCAGGGAGCAUAUGAUCCCAGAGCACCAAUAUCAGACUUAUAAGAACCUCUGCAAUAUUUUCCCUUCAAACAUCGUCCUUGCGGUGAUGGAAAAGAAUCCCCACACAGCAGAUGCCCAGCAACUGGCAGCCUUGAUUGUUUCUAAGCUUAGGGCUGCACGUUGACACGACACAGGACUUAUUCCUUUAUACAUAUAUAAAUAUUCAUACUAAU